GCCCACAAAGAGUGGCACGCCUGCUGUAGCUACACUUUCAUGACAAACAUAAAAUGUUGUAAUUAUAAUUUCUUGAGUGCUGCAGCAAGUAAUGACGUCUUAAAAUUCCUCUGCAACUUGCCACCCUCUUAAAGUACAGCAUUCUGUAUGCAAAUCAGUAGCCAUGGCCUUGAAAUCACUUCUCUUCGUUUCCCUUGUCGUUGCUGCAGCGAUAGCCCCUAUGGUUGAUGCCCAACUGGGGAUCAUAAGCAGCCUAGUAAAUUUGAUCUAUAUUCAAGGGACUCUCUAUUGCACUCCCAAUGGCAAUGUUGGAGUCAAUGGCUCAGCAACCCCAGUUUUCCCCAAUGCUGGUGUGCAAUUGAAAUGUGGAGAAAAUGUUGUUUCGACUGCAACAACCAAUGGGGCUGGAUUAUUUUUAAUGGUUUUGGACCCUCUUCAAUUUUUGCUUUCUACACUAUUAACCAACUGCAACCUGGAGGUUAAGACGCCUCUAGCAAGCUGUGAUGCCAAGCUGCCGAGCGUUGGGACGCUGCUGUCGCCUUUACUAUCCAUCGGAAAUACUCUUCUUGGCUUCCUCAACAUCACAAACAUCGUUCCAGCAGGCUUCCAAUUCAUCCCCAGAAUUUGAGAACGAUAGCAAUGAAUAUUGAAUCGCCACUUCUGCUUUAUAUAAAUAAGGUCGUUAUGAGAGAUCCAAGACUUCUAGUCCUUUAGUCUUUUCUAUUUAUAUGAUUUUUUCAAGUAUAUUUGUUGGGACUAAAUCAAAACAAUGUUGAAUUCACAAAAAAAUAAUAGACUACAUACAGUAUUAGAACC